GUUUUGUUUUGCAAUAAAUAAUUUGGGACUUCCUUAUACAAGUACACCCAUUUCGGCUUUGGCUCGUUUGGAAACGAUUGUUCAAAGUUUUCUUGCCGUGAAAAGUAUUACUAUUACAAUGUCUGGUUAUCCUGGUGGACCACCUGGUGGAUAUCCUGGUUAUCCCCCAGACCCAUAUGGUGGUUAUCCACCAGCUGGUCCAGGCUUCCCGCCUGCUGCACCUGGUUAUCCCUCGGCCGCACCUGGUUAUCCUCCUGCUGCCCCUGGUUACCCCUCUGCUGUGCCUGGUUAUCCUUCUGCAACACCUGGUUUCCCUCCAGCUGCACAGCCUGGUUAUCCAGGAGGUGGUGGUGGAUAUCCUCCUGCUGGUGGCUAUGGUGCCCCUCCUCCAGGAGGUUUUGGAGGAGCUCCUCCGCCAGCUGGAUUUGCUCCUGCACCAUAUGGUGGUGCCCCACCAGGAGGUGCUCCAUAUGGGGGUAGCCCCUAUGGCCAACAACCCCCACAACAGCAGUAUGGUCAGGCUCCGCCGCAGCCCGGCUAUGGAAGUCAACCACCCCCUCAACAAGGUUAUGGAGGUGCCCCUCCACCUCAAGGCUAUGGAAGUGCCCCUCCACCUCAAGGCUAUGGAAGUCAUCCCCCUCAUCAUGGACAGCACCCUCCUCAUGGACAGCACCCUCCUCCACAUGGUGGUCAGCCUCCUUCACGGCCCGCGCAGCCUGUUAAGCAGCCAGCAAUCACGCAAUCAAAAGCCCAGACUGCGCAAACCGCUCCGCCAACAGCACAGCUCGGUAGCAUGUCCUUGCAACAGACGUACGGCCACGGUACAGUAAAAGGUGCGGCGCCUUUCGAUUGUGAAGCAGACUGUGAAAUGUUGAGGAAGGCCAUGCGAGGAAUGGGAACGGACGAGCAGGCACUGAUCGACAUACUUGCCUCACGAUCCAACGAACAACGUGUCAAAAUACGAUUGCAGUUUAAGACAAUGUUUGGAAAGGAUUUGAUCAACGAGUUGAAGUCUGAGUUGAGUGGAAACUUGGAAGAAUGCUUACUGGCGAUGAUGGAACCGAAGCAUUUGUACGACGCUAAAUGCCUUCGCCGUGCAAUGAGGGGCGCUGGCACUGAUGAAGAAACAUUGAUCGAUAUCUUGUGCUCAAGAAGCAACGCGGACAUUCAAAAGAUUAAAGAGGAAUACAAGACGUACUACAAGCGGGACUUGGAGAAAGAUUGUGUUAGCGAGACUAGUGGACAUUUCAAAAGGCUUCUCGUUUCCAUGGUUCAGGGCAACCGCGACGAAAGUGGCACAGUCGAUAUGGCAAAAGCCACAAAAGAAGCCAAUGAUUUAUUCCAGGCCGGAGAGAAGAAAUGGGGAACGGACGAGUCGCGAUUUAAUGUUAUUCUCGCUUCGAGGAGCUUCGUGCAACUUAAUGCCACCUUUAAUGAAUAUAUUAAGGUUGCCCAGCGCGAUAUCAUGAACAGUAUUGACCGUGAAAUGUCUGGGGAUCUAAAAAGCGGCUUCAAGUGCAUUGUGCAAUGUGCUCGUAAUCCAGCUGUUUACUUUGCCGAACGCCUGUGGAAGAGCAUGAAGGGUGCAGGAACGAAUGAUUCCCUCCUCAUCCGUAUCGUCGUCUCACGAUCAGAGGUCGACAUGGUUGAAAUCAAACAGGAAUUUUUGAACCGCUAUCACAAGACCGUCUACAAGAUGAUCGAGGGAGAUACCUCUGGCGACUACAAGAAACUUCUUAUGGCUUUGGUUGGACGUAAUUAGAAUAUUCUUCGCACAGCUUAUACUCUCCGAAAACUUUGUGAUUUACAUAUUAGCAUGUCGUGCGCAACAGGUUUGCAAAGGUGCGGUGUGAUUUCAAUUGCUUGUGGUCUGUAGGAAUUUGAUGAAAUAUAACGCGAGAAUUGCUAAUCUUUAUUCGUUCCUUGCCCAAUUGUUACCUAGGUAAUAAUGUUUAGUAGAAUAAUAAUAGUAAUUUAUAUUCGUUCU